AUGUGUAUAAAUCGAUGGAUUGUUGAUGAGAAAAAAAAAACAUGUCCUCAGUGUCGUGAUAUCGUAACAUUUAAACAAAUUAUCAAAAAAUUGUUUCUUACUGAACCAUUAUUUCAAACACAAGAAGCCAAUGUUGAGUCAUCUGAAUUGUUAAUCCGUAUUGAUACACUAAGUUAUGAACUUCGUGAAAAAGAAAGCAAGAUAAAUAAACUUAUUAGCGACUCUUCGAAACUAGAAAAAACUGUUCAAACUUUGAAUGAUGAAAAAUCGAAAUUACAAAAACAAGUAAACGAAUUGAAAUCUCAAAAACAUAUUAUUCAAGAACAGUUAAAAUAUACAGAAUCAUCCAAGAAAAAAGUCGACGAGCUUCAAAAUACAGUUAAACUUGUUCAAUCAAAGUUACAAGAAUAUCGAAAUGUUGAACUUAUAUUAAAAGGGUCAACAGGUGAUUUUGAAGUUGAAAUGAAAAAGUUAAAUGAUCGAAAAGAAAGUGUUCGAGAUAAAAAUCUUCUUAUUGAAGAAUUGGCACGCUAUACUGUGAUUUUGAAACAAGAAUACAAUAAAGUAUUGGAAGAUAAACAACAUGUGAUGAAGCAUUUAGAUCGUGUUACAGCUGAAGCAGAAAAAUUUAAAAUCCAAAAUAAAGAACUAAUAGCAGUUGAUAAACGACAUUCAUUGAAAAGACGGAUGGAUGAAGUUGAAAAUGAGAAGAAAGAAAUAGAAAUUUAUAAAAAAGAAAUUGAAUCUCAAAAACAACGUGUUAAAUUAUUAGAAACUUUAAUUAUGAAUGAUGUAUCAUCAACACAAUCACCGGAAACAAAAUCAUUAGCUAGGCGUUUGUUAAAUGAAAGUCCAACAAGUAACAGUGUUAAUCAAAAAGUCCGUAAAAGAAUUGCAGGUAUAAAACAACGACAACAACAGAAACUACCAAUUCCAAUGAUUGAAUCGGAUGAUGAUGAUGUUGACGAAGUGGAUCAUAAUAUGGUUGAUUUAACAAAUGUAAAAACAGGAAAACAAUCAAAUGAUGAUGCGAAUAGUCAAAAUAAAAUAAUUAGUAAUAAUUCAGUGAUGAACCAACCAACAAACUCAUGUGAUCUAAUGUUAGCAGAUGAAAAUUUUCAAACAUCUUUAUCAGCUAUUGACAUUUUACAUGAUAUAAUUAAACAGAAUGAUCUCGAACAACCAUUGUUAAAAAAACAGAAAAAGUCUAGUAACAAUGAUGAUGAUGAUUUUUUAUCUUCAGAUUUUAUUAUUCGGCCACAUAAUGUUGUCAAAAAUAAAAACUAUAAUGCUCUUGGUGGACAUGAUAUGAUGAUGGGUGGAUGGAAACGAACACCAUCAGCAAAUUCAUUUCAAAAUAAGUCACAACAAAAAGGAAAGAAAAAACAAACAUCAUUGGUGAAAAACAAUUCAAAAAUAACGGGAUAUUUUUUGAGUUCAUAG